UGGAGAAGUUCUUCAUCAUGAAUACAGCUGAGCCGUUGGAUGAAAAGCGAUUUUUCAACAGAAGAAUUAUGGCUGAGGCACUUUUAUCAUUUGGAGUCGAGAGGCUCUGGAACCUCCUUGUCCGAGAAUGUGAGCAAUUUCAGGGAGUUGAAGAGCAGUUCGAUGGAUUAAAAAAUGAUGUGGAAAUGUUAAGGUGCUUUCUAGAAGAUGCAGAAGCCAAGAGACAUACGAGCGCAAUGGUGAGAAACACUAUCAAAGAGAUCAGAGAAAUUGUUCUAGAUGCAGCAGCUGCUAUAUUUAAACCUACGUGUGGAUUUUAAAGUCUACAUGCCAAUAUUUUGAAAGAGAUGCGAGAAUUGACAUACCUGUAUUUGCCGAAGAAUUUACAUGAAAAGACAAACUUGGAAUUGGGAAAUCUGGUCAAGCUGGAGACGUUAAUGAAUUUCUCAACAGAGCACGGAAGUGUGAGUAAUCUCCAAGCUAUGACACGACUCAGGGCCCUUUAUAUCUAUAUCGGAGAUAAAAGGGUGUUCCAUGGAAACUCUAUCUUCAUCUCUAAGUAAUAUUAAACACUUGGAGAAACUUACUUACACGAAUGAUGAAGAAGAUUGAUUGGUUUGGGAUUUUGUUCAUCUCAAACAGCUGGAGUUGAAUAUAUAUAUAUAUAUAUAUAUAUACGCCAAAGUUGCCUGAUGAGACACACUUUCCUGCUCACCUCGCAACCGUAUCCCUAACUAAGUGUCGUUUGAAAGAGGAUCCAAUGCCGAUUCUAGAGAAGUUGCUUCACUUGAAAAUAGUUAGGUUAUGGGAUCGAUCUUUCGGUGGGAGUAGAAUGAUUUGCUCAAUGGAUGGGUUUCCUCAAUUGCUGGAGCUACAAUUUGUUGGAUUAGAGGAGUGGGAAGAGUGGACAGUAGAAGAAGGCUCUAUGCCCCUUCUCCAUACUCUGCUUAUUGGCUAUUGUCCAAAGUUGAAGGAGCUUCCUGAUGGACUACCAUUCAUCAAUUCCUUUAAGGUUUUGAGUUUUAGCUUAAAUGCAAGAUGAUGUACUGCGAUUCAUCACUACCUCGAAGGAGCUACAUUGUUAUAAUAUGUCAGAGCAAUAGAAGAAGAGACUGUCGGAAGGUGGAGAAGAUCAUUGAAAACUCCAACACAUCCCUUCUGUUAAAUUCAGUUUGUAAGAAUAUUUUAGCUAUGAGAACACACAAACUACGCACAGGUAAGACAUCUUUUUGUUUACAUUGUUUUUUUUUUGUCAUCUUUUGGAUUGAAAUUUAACAACAAAGGAUCAAGAGUUUAAUACACAAUCAUCAUAUUGGAGUAGAUAAACAUAAAUCUCCAUAAAUCUCGUAUGUAGUUCGAGAUAUAUAUAAAGUUUGCA